CCAAGUCUUGCAAAACCGAUGCAGAGAAGAUUUGUGAAUAUUCAUUAAAAAGAAACAGUAUUCUCUUCGAAGCAGGACCGCAGCAACACAUCCGGGAUGGUUAUUUACGGCGUGUACAUAGUUAACAAAUCUGGUGGGUUGAUUUUCAACCUAGAUCACAAUCUACCGAAGAUAGAAACCGAGAAAACAUUCAGCUACCCUUUGGACAUCAAUCUCGAGUAUGAACCAAAACGGAUUUCAGUAGCUUUCGGCCAACGAGACGGCAUCAAUGUUGGACAUCAUUUGAUCAGCGUGAACGGUAUCCUGGUCAAUGGGAGCACACUGGAGGAUGGGCGUGACGUAAAGGAACUGAUUGAAAACAAGGACAACUACCCACUAACCUUGAAGUUCAGUCGACCGAAAAUGACAACGAAUGAAAAAAUCUUUUUGGCCAGUAUGUUCUAUCCACUAUUUGCGAUCGCCAGCCAACUGAGCCCUGAGCCGAAAAGUAGCGGUAUCGAGAUCCUUGAAGCGGACACGUUCAAACUGCACUGCUUUCAGACUCUAACGGGUGUUAAGUUUAUGAUUUUUGCUGAAAACCUGCAGGCCGGUGUAGAUGUUCUGCUGAAGCGUAUCUACGAACUGUACGCAGAUUACGUGCUGAAAAAUCCAUUCUAUUCCCUGGAAAUGCCUAUCCGCUGUGAAUUGUUCGAUACGAAUCUACAGUCGCUGUUGGAUCAGGUAGAGAAGGGCGGUGUUGCUAGUAUUUAAACGAUUGCUUAUUCAUAAAAUAGAUUGUAACGAGUUGGAGAUAAACAUGCAAAAUCCGAAAGACCUAUGGGGGGCGUGUGUACCGUUUGAUGAUACAUAAUUAUUAAAACUGAAAGUCAAUAUUGUGUCACUCUCUAUCGUUUCACUGUAAGAAUAUUUAAUUCAUAUUAAUAAAUCAUUCCGUUGCUAAAA